GGGCCUGCUGCCAGUGCUAUAUUCUUUGGGAAAGAAUGAGUUAAUAUUGUGUAGCCACUGAAAAAAAAAGCAGUCUGACGGUAGUUUUCCUCUUUAAAAUGAACUGAAUAGUUCCUGUUUCUGAAUUUCUCAAGCGAUACUUCAGCAUCUGUGACUUAAAACAAAAUGGAUUUAACACCUGUCCUUGCUCUUGGAUUUCGUUAAUUCAGAGUCCCAUGAGUUUUUCAGAGUAGAAGUAAGGAAAGCUUUCUCUGAAUUUGACAAGAAAAUACAUGUGAAAAACAAGCAUCCACAGUUAUGACCACUUUUAAAUAUCCAGACAUAAACUUCACUGAAGCAAUGGAUAGCCUUGAAUACUCCAGCUACAAUGUCACAGUGAUGGACUCUUCCAUCUAUUCAGGCUACAACACCACUGCAUAUAACUAUGGAACCCACACUACAUUCACCACUGAAGCUAAUGAUACUGACUGUAGUGGUGAUUUCAAACAGCCAUGCAGUAGGAAAGAUACUGGAGAUAUUUUAAAUGAAUAUUUGCCUAUCAUAUAUUCCCUUGUGUGUGUUUUUGCUGUCAUAGGUAAUAUUCUGGUACUUGUUAUUUACAUAUUCUACAAGAAACCAAGGUCCAUGACUGACAUUUGUCUUCUCAAUGUGGCCCUGGCAGACUUUCUCUUUGCCCUAACCCUUCCAUUUUGGGCUGUAUACCAUGUCCAGUGGUGGAUCUUUGGCAACACCGCCUGCAAGCUGGUCAGUGGGAUGUAUAAUGUUAAAUUUCACAGUUGCAUACUAUUCUUUGCAUUCAUCAGCAUUGACAGGUGCUUUGCAGUCUUAGAAGAAAGAAAGUCUAUCAGGAUUCGAGGAAGAACAUUAGCCUACAGCAAAUUAAUAUGCUUUAUUAUUUGGACUAUUUCAUGUGUCAUUUCAGUCCCAGCCUUCCUGUUCAGUGGUACAAGCCAUCUAAUAGAUGUUGAUAAGUAUGCAUGCCAGCCUAGUUACAAUGAUAGAUUGCAACACUCUGCUUUGAUGUCACCUGCCCAAAUUGCACAGCUAAGUUUUGGAUUUUGCUUCCCACUUCUGAUUAUUAUUGUGAUUUAUCCAUUCCCAAUUGCAAAGCUGCUUCUUACCCGAGAUAUUCAAAAACUGAAGAAAGUCUGCAUUGUGAUACUUGUUCUUAUUGCUUUCCUUGCCUCUCAGGUACCAUAUCACAUGACUAUGCUCUUCCAUACACUUAAAUUAUUUGGUGAAUGCAAAGCUUGCAAAGCAGGUCAAGGGGGCACGAUGCCAUGUUACAUCACAAAGUGUUUGGCCUUUUUCCAUUGUUGCCUGAAUCCAAUACUGUAUGCAUCACUGGGGGUAAAAUUCAGAAGCUACUAUUCCAGGGUUUUCCAGGAUAUGUGCCACCUAAAGAAGACAUACAGCAAAGUGGGGCAAAGACCUUCAAAACCAGUUUAAAAAUUAUGUGCCAUGAUUCAGCAGUGUUGCUACCUUCAUUGGGUACUAUACUAUAAUGAAAAUGAGGGUUACAGAAUGAAAAGGGGUAUCUGAAGUGAUACAUUGUAGCACUUAAUCACACAUUCAGAAUGUGGAAUUACAAAGCAGCUACAAUAAUACAGUCGCCCAUUCCAAAAUAAACAUAAAUGCAAUCCAUGAUAUUAGACAUGACUUCAUACUUCAUGUCCACAGGGUGUGCAUGUUCAACAUAUUGCUCACCUUUUCCUAAAUUCUGUCUACCUGUUACUGGAUUCUGCAAACAUCAUGAUAAUUAUGGUAUGGCUGCAAAAAUCUUGAAAGCUUUAUCACUAUUUCAGGAUUCUGAGUCCACCUCAUUUUAGUAUUUCAGCAUGCUUAGCAACUUCAUACCUUAGAGGUUUCUGUGAGGUUAUGAGAAUGGGUACAUACUGAGAACAUCAAAAUUGGUUUCUUUUUCACUUCUGUAUCAUCUCAGCCUGCAUUAUAUUCAAGUAGUCUGCAAGAUGCAACUAUUACUAAGGGAAAUAUAACCAAAGAAAAAAUUAACCUUCUAUUAUACUAUUCCUACUCCAAGUACAGUCCUCCCACAUAACAAAAAAAAUGAUACAGAUUCAACCACAUUUAAAGUUGAUACUGUCAUAGUUCUGGUCUUUCAAAUACAGCCAAAGCACUAAAAAUUGGUUUUGUACCAAUCCAGUUGGAUGUUGUCUUCACUACUGACUAUGUUCUGUGACAGUUCAACAUGCGGUGCAGAAAUUUAUAUCAUGAACUGUCUAAAUUACUGCUGUUCUGACCGGUGGACAUCCAUCCAGCCUUCAUUCAUCCAGCCAUCCUUUACCUGAAAUUCUUAAUCCAUUUCAAGGUCAGUCUGAGCCAGAGCCAAACCUGGACCCACAGGCAUAACAUUAGAUACCCCAUGGAUUAGACAUUGGUGGUUCACAAGACUUCUAAAUGAAGGAGAUCUAAUGGAGUAUCUUAAAGUUGGAAAAUACAGCUUUUAUGAUAUAAUGGAUAGAAUGGAAUAUGAAAAUCCCAUGUACAGAGAACAUAUCUGCCUGGCUCUGCAAUGAGAAACAAACAGGAUGAAAAGAACUGAUCUCACCUAACAGAGCGAGUGGAUACAUAACAGACCAGGUGUGAUAGUCUUACUGUCUAUGUCUCAGAAUGCAUUAUGAAAUAGGGAACACCUUCAAGCAGAAUUACUAUAAAAAUGUACAAAUGUCGGUAUUUCAGAGAAAAUGGUUGAAUACCUAUUCAAAUGUAUGCAAACUGCACAUAGAUAUUGUGUUUUGUUUUAAACUUUUUACUCUUACUAACCCUUAGGUUAUUCGAUUAUUCUAACAUCAGUAUAAUCUAUACUUUUUGCUGUGUGUUAUUUCUCUUCUGGCAUUUGCAUUUUAUCUGCCUGAAUUUUAUUACAAGUGUUCCAUUCAGUUAUAUGUCUUUCUACCAUGUACUUCAAGUUGUAUUUCAAAUUUAAGAAAUGAUCUAUGUUGUUGCUUGUGCGUUUUGCCUGUGUCACAGCUGAAAAGGAUCUUCAGAAAAAUUCACUCACCAAGUCAACAAAUAACACAUAAUCAGAAUAAAUCCUCUACAUCUGAGCUUGUGGAGAAUAAAAUGUAUAGCAAUCAUGCUGUUUUGUUUUUAAAGCUGAUGGUACACUGAAGAAAUGUUCAUCUUAACCUUCAGGUGGAUCGGGAGUUUAAUUCUUCACAGAUUUUUCUCAUCCAGUAAUGGUGCUUACUUUAUAGUACGGUAAAUACUUGUAAAUAAACCCAUUAUAAACAGGUUCAACAAAAACAGGACAGAAGAGUAGCUCAGAGGAUUAAGGUCAUGAGUUGUUUCAUCCUGUAGUCCUGCGUUUAAUUCCUUGUUUCCAUUUGUUCACAUUGUAACUCUGAGCAGAUCAUGUAAUCAGGCAGAUCUCCUGGGCCUCCAUUUAAAACUAGCUACACUAAUUUGGACAAUUUGGUCAACAAAAUGUUGUUUUCCUGAAACAGUAUUCAGUGAUAUACAUCUCACCAGUCCAGCCUAUUCAGUUAUUGCACUAAGUAUCUGACUUGUCAAAAUACAUGCCCUUUCUUUGUUUAUAAUGUUGAAACUUUUGUAAAUACUGUUUUAGGCUUGGUUUAAUAAAAUUAAUUCUCUCAUUCA